UUGACAGAAAUGACAGAUUCUUUUACAAUCCAGCGACUCCCGAUUUAAGAAACGGAACGCGCCCCUUGACAUAAAACGAAAAUAGUAUUUUAUUACAACAAAUACGCAGGUCUUUUGUUUUGUGUUUAAAAUGAGUAUGAGCGUGCGCGAAGAAGAAAGGGGGAAGACUACAUGUCCAAGCCGCGGCCUCGGUAUUGCGGCCGCCGCUAUCGGCGUCGGGGUUGGGGCAGCGUUAUACUACUUCUUCAGCAAACGGCCAGAAAAUCCGAAUUCACAAGGUUCCACCAGCGAUUGGAAUUGUGAGCAACAACAAGCCUUCUCAACACCGGAUACAGAUGACUCGUACACAACUAUAUCAGAAAAUGAAACGUCAGACACCAGCGUACACAACAGCCUGACAGAAUUCCACUUGAGCACAUCAGAAUAUUCCAUCGUCAUAGAAACGUCGUCAGAAGCAGAAGAAUCGAGUGAUGAUGACUCUUCAUCGUCUGAAGAGUCAGACGAUACAGAGAUGGUUGAUUCAGACUUACCCAAUGAUUUUGAAUAUAGAUGGGUGUCGCUCCAUGAUGCUAUCACAACCAUCAUCUCGGCGGAAUCUGAAGGUCAUGGGGUGAUGGGCAAUGGCCAAUGGGUUGAGACGGCUAGUUCGCUUGGUAUGCCAAGAGAUGGCGCUUUCUCGUCAAUGGCUAGCUUCAUGGGUAGGGUAGCGAAUUUAGUCAGUGUCAAUAAGAAAAAAAAGACUGAAAAUGAACAAAUGAAUAUUUUAAGACAGCAGGCUUUUCGCCAACGCUCCUGGACCCUAGAAGAAUGUUCCAUCUGCUUCGAGGUCAUGCUCCGAGACCAGGAAGUCAUGUCCCUACCCUGUUCUCACAACUUCCACUCCGAGUGCAUCCUGCCGUGGCUGCAAGAGAAGCAGACCUGUCCUAACUGCCGGAAAGUGGCUGAAUGAUUGCUCCAUAUCAAAAUACUGUUGGUUUGGACUUAAAGCCAACAAUCCAGGAUAGUCCAAUUAUAACCAUGUUUAACGAACAAUAAUGGAUGUAAACUUAAAUAAUUUACUAAUAGGAUAAUAAUAAUGCCUUUUUCUAUCUAGCAACUAGUAAAAAAAAAAAAAUUAAAUAAUCAUUAAAAAAUUCGUAGGAUGUUUAGCUGGCUAAAUUGAAAAAAAUAUUAAAAUUAUAAAGAUAUAUGUAUAAGUAAUAUAAAAAAGUGGGUUUUUCAAAAUGUAGGAAGUUUGCAAUUUUUAGAUCAGAAAAAUAUUUUUGGCGGGUAAGAUGACAUAUCAAAAUUUUUCUUGCAUGUACGUUAAUUUUGUUAUUUUAGUGUUUCUUUGUAUAUGUAGCUAAUAGUACUUUUUCGCUCAAUUUUUUUCGACAAGUGUGUAUUUUUUUGUUAAUUUGCUUGUUAUAUUUAUUUAGGUUAUUUCUGAACAUUAUUAAAUCUGUCAUAUAACAUAUGUUUUUUGGUGCAAGUCCUUUGAGGCAGUACAAUUUUUUUUUCUUGAUAAUUAACAGCUGUCAACUGCAAAAAAGAUUUAGUACCCGUGUACCGACUUUUUGUGCAAUUUAUUUAUACUGACUGAGAGGACUAUCGAUUCACCAAUAAACGGUCAAUCUAAGAGAAUUCUAAGAGAAUUUAAUGCUAAAAUUACCAAAAAACACAUUUUUUUCUCGUAUAUUGUGCAAAGUAUCUUUAAAAUACCGUUUCAUAGCAAUAAUUACAUAGGUAUGUAAAACGCCUUUGAAUUUUCUAAAAAAUUUAACUGUCAUAUCAUAAGAUUAUCCGCCUAGCUGUUUUCUAAAUGGGUAGGGAAUUGGUUAUUUUGAGCAAUGAAUAAGUAAUGAGAAUAUCUUAUAUCCUAUAUCCUCUUGAUUAGAAAUAAAUAAGAAUCUGAUUAAUAAUUGUGACAUCUUGUAAAACGAUUUUGGACAAUCGAAUAUAUUUUUGAAAAAUUCGUAGCCAGAAAUAACUUUAAAUAUAUUCCUAAUUCUUUAAUACUAUUUGUCUAUUAUUUUUGUAUAACUUUAAAAUUGGUAAUUAUCAAAACUUUUUUGCAUUUUAUUUUUUUUUCGAAAUAGUCUUUUUAAAUCUGGCUACGAUUCUGGAAAAUGAGUAUUUUGAUUUUAAAAUGAUUUGAAUAUUGGAGUUAAUCAUUUAGUUUGCCGAUUGAAUCGCUUUAAUUAAUCAUUAGUAAAAUCUUUAAACCAUGGAGCACAAAAUGACUAGCGGAGAUGUCAUAACGCAAAAUCUCUUAAGAAAGUAGCGCGAUAACAUGCGGGGCGAGGGGGACGAGGAACGUUACUGGCUACGCCCUCAUACGCUUUUGAUCUUGCCCAUUUUUUAUAAAAACAAACAAUCUUCAAGAUGUCUCAUGUGAACGCUUCGUUAAUUCACUCGUAACUGACCGUUUGACCUAUAAGAAGGCGCCUGACCUACCUGUCUUUGGCAUCUCUGCUCAUCUUUACUUGCUCCGUGGUUUUAAUGAAUGAUUGGUGAAAUUCUGAAAAUAUCUCGAAUCAUCGUUUCGUUGUCUAGUCAGAAACUUACAUACUCAAAUUUUUCAGGACUUUGCCAAUCUGUACUGUAAAACUAACAAAAGAUAUCUUCUAAUAUUUUUGAAUUUUAGAUUGGGUACUAAAAAUUAAAAAAAAAAUGUAUAAAUAAAUAAAGAAAAAUAUAUAAAAAAGUUAUCAAAAAAUCUUUAAAAAAUGUAACCUAUGCACUGAUAUUCUUAAUAAUAUUUUUGUAGAUAUCAAAAUAGAAAAUAAGUGUGUACCUAAUUAAAAUGCAAAAAAAUAACAAUAUGUAAAAAAAACUAUUUGAUUUUGUAUGCUACUGUUUAUUUAAUUAAUGUGAAAGAAACGUCGGCUGAGCCACGAUUUAUUUUGACAUUGGCAACACAGUUCUUUUUUUUAUUUUAUACAAUUUUGUAGAAGCACAAACAUGAUAAUAAAAAUCUUUACAAGACUUUUCUAACAAGUCCAAAAAUAGAUAUUGUGUUCUAUCAUGAAGUUCAUACAAGACACUACGAUAUGGUUUUAUAGCGUCUAGAAACUGACUCAGAAAUUGAAUGACAUACUUACCAAACUGUUUUAAAAAAUAUUAUUUUUCAGUAACUUUCCUGUUUUUGACAUAAUAUUUACUGUGUUGCCAGAAUAAUAUUUAAAUGUGAUAUUGUAUGUGUUAAAAUUGUAGACUUUAGACUGCGUAGAUUCUCAAUAAAAAUAAAUGAAUGGGAA